GUAUAUAGAUAUAUUAUAGAUAGCGACAUAUAUCUUUUCAUUAUGAACUAUGGACUUAAAAUGUUGCGCAUAUAACACUUUAAAGUCACACAAAACAAUGAUUUGGUUGAGGAUAUAAGAAGACAGUGGGACAAAGAAUGACGUUAGCCUAUAACCAGGAAGUUUAUUAGUGGUAAAGUCUACGUAACGUGGGUCACAGUAGCCUACUCCGCGCGAGUGUAGAAUUUAACCUACUGUAUUCUCUUAUAUAUAGCCUAACCUAUAUAUGACCUGUUUUAGUUAAUCAUGUCGACAAGUGUGCUUAAAAAUGCAUUUAGGACCAGCAAAGGGUGCAGCCUCACAUCUCUCUACAGGAUGUCCUGCAUAAAGCCUCAAACAAUUGCUGCUGCUCAGAAAACAUACUUCACAGAAGUACAUGGGCUGUCAAACAUCUCCCCCUUGGUAAGAUCGGUAGAGGAGACACCUGAGCCCAUCCCCACCACAGUCAAAGGCACCAUCCCAAGCUGGAUCCAUGGGAGUCUGCUGCGGAAUGGUCCAGGAAAGUUCGAGUUUGGGAAUCAGCACUAUAACCACUGGUUUGAUGGCAUGGCCUUGAUGCAUCGCUUUCAGAUUGUGGAUGGUCAUGUGACAUACAGAAGCCGUUUUUUGCGCAGCGAUUCAUAUAAGCAGAACAGUGAGAGGAACCGCAUCAUGGUGUCAGAGUUUGGCACUUUGGCUCUAGCUGAUCCCUGCAAGAACUUCUUUCAGCGCUUCCUUUCCAGAUUUGAGAUGAUAAAGCCAACAGAUAAUGCCAGUGUCAACUUUGUUAAAUACAAGGGUGACUAUUACGUCAGCACAGAGACAAACUACAUACACAGAGUGGAUCCAGAUACUUUGAAGUCUAAACAGAAGGUGGACUGGAGCAAGUUCAUCGCUGUGAAUGGAGCUACUGCUCAUCCACACUUUGAUCCAGAUGGCACAGCUUACAACAUGGGAAACUCAUACAGAAACAAAGGGGCUUUCUAUAACAUUAUCAGGGUGCCACCAGAAAGAGACGGCCCAGAAGAUACACUAGAGGGAGCCAAGAUAUUAUGCUCUAUCGCCCCUCAUGACAAAUCCAAACCCUCCUAUUACCACAGCUUUGGCAUGUCAGAGAACUAUGUAGUGUUCAUCGAGCAGCCCAUUAAGAUGGAUCUGUUUAAGAUAGUGACUGGUAGACUAAGGGGGAAAUCGCUAAAUGAGGGUGUUUUCUGGGACCCCAACCAGGAAACCACAUUCCACCUUAUUGACAAACACACUGGAAAGGAGAUGCCAGUGAAGUACCAUGCCAAGGCCUUGUCCACCUUCCAUCAGAUCAAUGCUUUUGAGCAGGAUGGAUUCCUCAUGCUAGACAUGUGCUGCUCUGAUGACGGCCAGGCCAUAAACAACUUCCUCAUCCAGAACCUGCGUCAGUCAGGAGAGGCUUUGGAUGAGAUGUAUAAUACGAUGAGCAGGCCACUGCCCCGUCGUUUUGUGCUACCUCUCAACAUCACCAGUGAAACCCCACUGGAACAGAACCUCAACACACGGCCUGACAGCACUGCUACCGCUGUCUGCCGUACCAAAAAUCAGGUAUUUUGCACGUUUGAGGAUCUCCAUGGUGAGGACCUGAAAGACUACGGUGGCUUGGAGUUUCCACAUAUUAACUAUGCCAGAUAUAACACCAAACCUUAUAGAUACUACUAUGGUUGUGGCUUCCGACACCUAGUGGGUGACUCCCUAAUUAAGAUGGAUCUGGAAAGCAAAAAGUUCAAGGUAUGGCAGCAGCCUGAUCUCUAUCCAUCAGAGCCUGUCUUCAUUCCUUCACCCAAUGCUGAGGAAGAGGAUGAUGGAGUCAUCCUGUCUGUGAUUAUCACACCAGUUAAGGAUAAGAGUACAUUUCUUUUAGUCCUAGAUGCCAAAACAUUUGAAGAGCUGGGAAGAGCUGAAGUGCCUGUCAACAUUCCUUAUGGAUUCCAUGGAGUCUUCAACUCUAGUGCAUGAAGCUCUUUGGAUCAUUCCAACAAAAUAACAAAUGACAAGUAGCUCUUCACAAUGAUUACUACACCAGUUGCCUGCUACUAUUAAAAGCAAGAGACUAACAGAACAAUACAGCUAUAAAAUCAUCCCAAAGAGAUCCUCCACAUAUCAACCUCAUACUUUUUUUAAAAGAACGACAUAUACUUUAUAGUUACAGUUAAUUUUCUGCAAGAAAUGAUACCUUAAUUAACAUACAACAAAUGCUGUAGAGUUAAAUUUAGAAUUAAAGCUUAACAAUUUACAUUUUUCAAUGAUUUUCAUAAAGAUGUUUGAUGUACUGUGGCUUUGUUCUAAAGUUUCUGCUGUAGGGUUCAAGACAUUUACACAUUACUGAUGCCUAUUCAUUGUUAAUCAACUUGGCCCACCCAGUCACAGUGAUAUAACUGACGAGGAAGUGGAAUGGAUACUAUAAUUUCUAAACAGCAGCAGAAAAUGCUAUUGUUUGUAUUUAACAAUAAGAAUAAUAAGAUGGGGAGAUCUGCAAACAUUGUGUUGUUUCUGUAGACCUGUCAGAAUGCAAUGCAGGCUUUUCAAAGUGGCUUUUAUUUAUGGGAAGAAAAACAGCUUGUUGAAUUCUGUGGGUCCAAAAGAGGAUGGAAAUCGUAAUGUAACACUAAAUUAUGGGUUUUGGUGCUAAACUUUAUGGUGAACCGCAGGGGGGAAAAUACUUAAAAAAUUAUGAUAUGACCUCUUUUCAACGAGCAGUGUGAUACAUAUGAUUUCUCUAUACAUAUUCAGUCUAUUAUUUUCUUUUCUUCUGUUUUUAUCUUUUACAUUGUGGCCUGCAUGUUUAUAUCACAACAUGAAACAUUUGCAAUGUUUGCAGUUUAUGUUAUUUGCUCAGUAUAGUAUCAUUUAUACAAGGCUUGUUUCUUUUACUCUAAAAACAAAUGUGAACAUACCACUAGAUGUGAAUGUGAUCAAGGUUAAUAUGGUUAAUAUUUUCCAUUAGGAUUUUCAGGCCUACUUCCUUAAAUGAGAAAACAAGUUCAUUACAUUUAAUGUUUAAAAAAAGAAAGAAAGAAAGAAACGUGCCAUAAUAAGAAUAAUUAAUGUUGAUAGUUAAAUAACAAAAAAAUAAUCACUAUACAACAUAUGUCAUAUUGUACUAAUUUUCUACCUCUUUGUGAAGUAAUUUUUUUAAAGAGUUGUUUCUCUUGUGCAUUAUUCCUUUUUUUAUUUAUAUAACAGUUCUACAUAUGUUCCAUUAUACAUUUUUCAAUCAAUUUCUAAUUGUAACUUCAUAAUCACAAUGACUGUAAUAAACAUUUGUAAACACAA